CACUAAGGCUGAGUUGCACCAUCUUAUUUUAACUUUAUCAAACGUCAAAAAUCUAACUCCAUACAAAAAGCACCGGUUAUCGUUAUAGUUACCGUUAAAGUUAGGUGGUGCAACUCAGCCUAAACUUUCAUGGCGUUACUAAAAAAACGACGUGAAAAAUUAUAACAGUUAAAUGUGCGAUGUAGGUAGGUAUAGGUAUUAUCUAAUAUUUGAAAGUUUGUAUCAAUUUAUUUUAAACGAAGUCAUCUGGUGGAAUAUGAAGAAAAUUUAUCAACAUUGGAUCAAAUUCUUCACUUUCGUUGCAUUUAGUUUGAAAGUGGUCACAGCAAUUACGAAUGGACAUCGUGUGCUUGGUGAAAAAAGGUACAUGGUGUAUUUCUUAGCCGCACCACCUCUGGAGUUCUCGGCAUGGACGUGCGGCGGGGUCAUCAUCACCAAAGACUACGUGCUGACGUCAGCGUCGUGCAUCCAAAAUGUGCCGCAUGCUUACGUCAUAAACGGCUACAAUAGAUACGUCAACGCAGAGCAAAUGGAGAAAGAUGAGUGCAUCAUGCAGAAGAGGAAGAAGGUCAUCAAUUUUUGCCACCCGAAAAGUUACGACGGGACUAAAGUGUUUAAUAAUGAUUUUGUGUGGAGCUUAGGAGACAUCUGCGUGGCUCAAGUGGAUACUCCCUUCGCUUUCAACGACAGAAGCUACUACGAUGUGUGUUCGUACCCCCCAGCGUACAUAGGGGUAAACUUUUACUCGCAUUUCGAUGGCGGUGGGAUAGAUGUGGUGAAUCUAGGAUGGGGUCACGCGCAAUAUUACCGACCCGAAGGAGAAUUUCUGGACAUGAAUGAAGAGUUUUUGAGGUUCAGCUCGGGCACGACCACCAAUAUCACAGAUUGUCAAGCAAGGAACAAAGCGGCGAUAGACAAAAUUUCUAUUUCGAAUCACUUUAAAAAAUUUUUCAUCUGCGUUGAGGAACCGGGAAAUUUGGAUGAAAAUGGCGACAUCAUAAACGAAAAUACUCAGUUUUUUGACACUUGCAACGACACGUACGACCCCUUGUCGAUUGGAAGGAAGGGUGUUGAUAAAAAGAAUUGUAUGGAGGUAUUGCGUGCAAGGAUCAAUUACACUAGUGAACACGUCGGGGGAUUUUGUCAAAAUGACCACGGAGGGCCACUGGUGGCUUGGAUCGGUGGCCAUGAGACAGUCAUAGGCAUAGCCAGUCUGUUCUCAGUGUCAGACGACAUGCGCUGUCGGCCGCCCUACUUGUACACGGCUACUGCUAGCAUCAACAAGUUACUGGCAUGCUACAUAUGGUCCAAUUUCACCAGCUCUAGAAGGAGGCAAAUGUAUUGCGACGAUGUUAUCACAGAGAUGGAUUAUACUCAACAAAAUGUAGCGUGGUCUGAUGAAAGGACAAUUUCUUGAAGGUAUAAGGCUAGAAAUUUGCCAGUAGCGUAUACUAAUCGUUUUAUGAAACCAGUUGGCGAAUGUAUGAUACAUUGAAUCCUGGAACUUAUUCGAGUAAUGGGAAGAUAAACAAUUUUAAAUAUCAAAGAAAUAAAAAAGAUUUAUUGU